AGUGAACGCUAGAGGAUGGACGGACUGCGUUGCCGGGUACCAGUGAUGAAUCUUCGUAAAGCAAAUGAGGAUCUAACCAACAUUACUUCAUCCGUGAGACGCUUGGAUUUGAGGCAUUCAUGAUUUUCUCUUCUAUGAAUACUGUUGAUUAGUAGAAGACAGUACCAUCAUGCCAUGACAUCAUUUGAAGGGUGCAUGGUCCAUAUUGUGGAGUUGCACAUUGGACUGCUCAUCUAAUGCGCCUGGCACAGGCAGACAGCUGGUGCCUGAUUUCCCAGAGGGGUCACUGUUGUGCAGUGUAGCGGGCAAUACUCCAAAGACCAUCCAGCUGCUCUAUCUGUCUAUCAUUAUCUCCAAACGAUUACUGAUGACUGCGUAGGCCACGUGAUUGACCAGACUGUGACAGACCAUGGCCACGUUUGACGCUGGGGUGCAGAGAGACCCGAAUGCCCUGCCGACUGACACUCCUCCCUCUCUUGGCACCCUGCAGAGCUGCCAGCCAGGGCCAGCCCUGUCUGCAUUCAACAAUAGGCCACAGAACAGUGUCUCAACAGGAAGGGCUAAGUAACAUUAUUUACAUAAUAUAAUGUACAGCCCAUGCACACAUGCACCUGCGUGCGCACACACACACACACACACACACGCUUAUACUGAUGCAAACACACAGAUACACACCCAGGCACACGUGCACAUCAAUGUUCCUUUCUUCCUAGAGCACUGUGUACAUAUCACAAUUGUGAACAUGGUGCAAACCUUUGCAAACCCAUGAUUUUUAGUACAAGGAGAUAAAUGACAAUGUUAGGCACGCCUACACACUACCCACUUACACCCACAAUGCUAAUACUAAUGAAGAACACUGUGUAGAGAUCAUUAUGCAUCUCAAUCCUGUGUUUUCAAAUUGGCUAAAAUGUCAGGCCGCUAAAAGUGUUUUGACUGUUUUGUAGAGGAGAAAUAAAACAUCACUGCAAAGGCCAUAAUCUGUUCUGAUGAGACACGGGAGGUGGAACAAACCUCAGAGUAUAUGUGUGCUUUUACAUCUACAUGCAAAUUACUACAAUGUUUGUGUGUGUGUGUGUGUGUGUGUGUGUGUGCACGUGCGUGUGUGUUUGUGAAUAUGCAGAAUUUAAGUGCUCGUCAGAUGUGUUUCCUCUGUUUUCACACAUUUCAAUCUGCAAGGUUUACCACUUACCACAGGUACAGUAUAGACCAACUCAUAUACACAUCAGAAACCAUUUAAAUUUAAUUCUGGUUGACAUGCAGAGACAUCCUGUUUUCAAUGGUUAACAUUACCUAAAAUACUUGAAAUGUCAAAAUGUCUAUUCUCUUGCUUCCAUAGGCCUAAUUAUAUAAAAUUGUUAUGAUAAAUCCAUCAUAAAGAGAAGACCCUCUGUUUUCUAUCAGUUAUUUGGGACCUUUUUUCUACUUUAUUUGAAUGAGAAAUUAAUGAAAUAAUUGACAAACAUUAGGAAAACAAAACUACUGCAUCUUAAUAUUGGAAGCAUUAGUCUGAGUUGGUUAACAAAUUCUCCUCAUGCUUUACACAUUACUGUAAAGACAGAGAAGGCCCAUUUUGGAAUCAGUUUGUUCUUUAGCCAGAUAUGUUUUGGGUCCUGUGAACUUACUCUGCUUUCAAUAAAUCAAGCUUUAUUUUCAAAACGUUACAUUUGAAUUGAAAUCUGAGACAUGUGCAAUACUUGAAAAUACAAAGCAACAGUUACUUCUAUUUAAGGCCAGUUUUUUGACAAAAAAUGUUUUUCAGCAAUGUGCUGCAUGCUUAUGAUUUAUGUUCUGAAAUAUGAGGAAAAGUAUCAAAAAAGGAUUAAACUGCUCAACAUUUAUUUUUCAAAGCUGUUAUGAGUAAUAUAAACAUUAAAUAAACUUGAAUUGGCAAUAAAGCCUAUUUUAUCAAGCCCUGGCCAAUACAACACACUUACAGUUCUAAAACUGAAUUUGGACUGGACUCCACAAAACAGUGUUCUGAGGCAUUUAAUUAACUUUUUGUUGUUGUUGUUUGCAGAUAUUUGGUCCCCAAUGAUUUCACAAUUUCUUUAAUUUCCCAAGAUAUCCCCAUUAUUCAUGUGGAACGAACUAUGUUUUUGCAUGGGAUUUAGAGACCUUUAAAACUCUGACCAAGUCAGUGUUUUAUCUGAAUGAUCUACAGUAUGUUAGACAGGGUAUUUUAACAAUGUGAUUGCCUUGAAAGCUUUGAUCAAAGUUCAAGUCACUGACUUUGAAGUUUUGUAUUUGGGGAUAAUUUUAAUCUUUGGUACAGAUCUCUUGAAAGGCAUUUAGCAACAAUGUGUCCACAUGGACUCAGAGGUUUAUUGGUAGAUUAACAGAUGUUUCACACUAAGGAACAGAUUUAACAAGAGAACGUCCGUGAGGCAAGUCUGUGUUGUAAUUCAUGCAGUUUUGGCACGGAGGUACCACCAGAGCUACGUCACUUCAGGAAGUUCUUAAGAUGAUACAGGCAUAUAUUUUUUUGAGAGGCGGUGUUUGUCACAUGUCUAUUUGAAUUUCCUGUUUACCACUUGUUCCACGUCUGGUCUAGCCUAGCAACACAAUCAAGCAGCUAGCGUUGUACAUUUGACAAAGAACAUUGGAAUUUUUUUUAAUCAGUUCAUGCUGUGGAAUAGUAUUUUAGGCUGCAAAGCCUUGUCUUACUAUUUUUUCGGCGAAAGGCGAAGUAAUAUAAAGGCAUGACAUUGAAAAACGUGACCAGGCCGGCAGUCCUCGACUUUUCCUGAGUCACUUCUCCGGGCACGGCUAGCUAGCAGGCAGCAUCGAAUUCUUGUAUUUGGUGGGCUUGGAAUUCUGCGUUUCAGAUACAGUUUAACAUCAGAACAUCGAAUCGAUGCGGGCUGGAACUGUUCCGUUUGAGUUGUACGGUUGUCCGUACUUUAACAAGCACGUGAAAAGCUAACUCAAACUUGUGGAUAUCAGAUUUAUAUUGGCUUGUUGGUUAGGUAGCUCGUCAAGCAAACAUUUCUGAUAGCGUACCGUUAACAUCAGCCUGUUUAGUUUUGGGUUUGUUAUGCCUAGCUAUCUUAGCUAAUUAGUUAGUUAGCUGAUUAAUUGAAUCUGCCUAGGCUGGCAGUGGUUGGCUAACUGGCGACAAACUUUCCGUUGCCCUGAAUUCGGGACGGAUACCCGGCUCCGGCCCCCUCAAGCGGGCGGUAAGGAAGAAACUGGCUGGGAAGGGAUGGCCUGGUGGGUCUUCCCAAACCCAAGGUGCUGCGGUAUUUGAGGGAGGGCGAGUCCGUAUAGAGGCCACCGCGGCCCGUACAGUGAUGGCCGCGUCACCCUCCGCGUCGGGCAGCCUGAAUGCCUCCGGGAUCUCGAGCAGAAGGAGCGAGGAAAUUGCGGAUCUGAUAGAUUUGUUUUCGAGGACUCAAUACAGAGCAAAGGAAGUCACUCCUAGGGUGGAGAGGAUAGAAAAGCGUUGUUUGGAGCUGUUUGGAAGAGACUACAAGUACAGUGUUAUCCAUAAUACCAAUGGCGAAAUCUGCGGGCACUAUCCCAGGCAGAUUGUGUUCUUGGAGUAUGAGAGCACAGAUCAUAAUAAAUACAGGUUCGAGAGUACGGUGCAGAUCGGGAAGCUGCAGGACCUGGUGAACCGCAGCAAGAUGGCUCGGUGUAGGGGCAGAUUCGUCUGUCCCGUCAUCCUGUACUGCGGCAAGCACAUCUGCCGGUCCUCCACCCUCGCUGGCUGGGGGGAGCUGUACGGACGCACUGGCUACAACUACAUCUUCUCAGUCCAGCACAACAGGAUCAAGAAGCUUCGGAAGAACAGGGGGGGCGCUGACGACACCGUGGCGGAAUCCGAGGAGGUUCCGGAGGAGGACAGCGCAGUGCGGAAUGGGGACUCCCAGCUGUUUGACAAGGUGCGGGGCCUGGACAUCAAGCUGCUACGCUACCUCUCCGUGCGCUACAUCUGCGACCUCAUGGUGGAGAACAAGAAGGUCAAGUUUGGCCUGAAUGUCACCUCCUCUGAGAAGGUGGACAAGGCCCAGCGCUAUGCGGACUUCACCCUGCUCUCCGUGCCUUAUCCAGGCUGUGAAUUUUUUAAGGAUUACAAAGAUAGAGACUACACAGCGGAGGGGCUGGUCUUCAACUGGAACCAGGACUUUGUGGAUGCCCCUUUGACAAUCCCCGCUUCCUUUACCAAGAACUUGAACAUAGACUGGAGUGAAUAUCAGUCUUGGGACCUGGUCCAACAGACGCAGAACUACCUGAAGCUGCUCCUUCACAUCAUCAACAGUGACGAUGAGAGUGGAUUGCUGGUUCAUUGCAUAUCCGGCUGGGACAGGACACCCCUCUUCGUCUCUCUCUUGAGACUCUCCCUAUGGGCGGACGGUGCCGUCCAUGCCAGCUUGGAGCCUGCUGAAAUCCUCUACCUGACGAUCGCCUACGACUGGUUCCUCUUCGGACACAUGCUGCCUGAUCGCCUCAUUAAAGGAGAGGAGAUUUUCUUUUUUUGCUUCAAUUUUUUGAAGCACAUAGUCUCUGAGAAUUUCUCAUCUGUGAGAAGGCAAAGACGGAAGAACUCCCAGUUCAAAGACUGUGAGUUGACAGUCGAGGACCUCUGUCUGAUGAAGCCCAUCCACCGCGGCAGUGUGAGCAGCCUGAGCAGCGACUUCUCGCUGAUCACGGAGGACACGGUGGCCGCCUGCAGCUUCACCAGCGAGCCCACGGAUCCGCUGUCCAGUGGGACGCCCGGCCUGCCUGCCUGGCGGAAGGCCAGGACGUCCUCUCCGCAGAUGGUGGUGUGGAACAAGGCCCCCCCCGGGGAGGACCGGCCGCUGCCCCCCAUCACCGUCGCCGAAACCAGGUCCUCCAGCUCCUCCUCCUCCAACCAAUCGGAGCAGGGCUUCUCCCGGACGGGCAGCAGCCCGCUGGCAGUGCCGGGCCGAGGAUCGGUGGGGGAGUACGCCCGCUCCGGCUCCUCGCUGUCCACCGAUUACGGCAGCUGGCAGAUCGUCUCGGGCUGUGGCAGCAUCCACGACCACGCCCCGCCCCCCGCCGAGUCCCCCCUCCCCUUCAGCUUUCAGGACGAGGGACACAACGGCCGGAUGUGUCCCGGGCCGUCGGAGCGCCAGGCGCGGCUGGAGGCGGUGCGGGAGGUGUUCCUCGCGGCCUACAGCUCCACGGUGGGGCUCAAGUCCGCCGCGCCCAGCCCCUCUGGCGCCAUCUCUGGCCUGCUGGAGCAGUUCGCCCGAGGAGUGGGCCUCCGUGGCACGAACGCCAUCGUCUGACCUCGCCCCCUCCCCCGUCCACGCUCCGCGCCCUCCAUCACAGAACUUCCAGCGGCUGGCGGAGCCAGGUUCCCCCCAGUGCGACACCACCCCCUCCCCCUCCUCCACCCCACCAACCCCACACUGCCCCCUUCUGGACAACGCGCAGACACUGCGAUGCUCAGAAAGGAGCCGCACUGCUCUUGCACGGCAGAAGUGCUCUGCGACAAAGUGCCAAUCACCCAGGGCCCGAAGUUUCCUAGCAGUUUUUUUAUGCCAAAUGUGACUGUAGUACUGACAGUUUCUUUUAAGUUUACGCUGUUCCAACUUUCCUUUUUAAAAAAAACUGAAAUGUAUGUUUGGGCUGGAGCGGUGGGGACAGUCAGUCAGUGUAUCAGUCUGAAGGCCUGUAAAGGGAAAGGCUAUGUUUAGAACAAAAUCACACUUUUAAAAUUAUUUUUUGGUUUGUAUGGGAAAAAGUAAUUGUCUAGAGUGAAAUAAACCUUAGUAAGACGAGGGAAGCAGCUCAGUCGCUAACAAACAGGAUCAAUGUUUGAAUUUUUUACAGUUAUAAUUUUUUUUCCUAAUUGAUGAGCUUCCUUUAUAAAGAACGCAGAAUCUCUCCUUGGUUCGGUCAAAAAGGAAAAAACGCUGCUAAUGGACCAAGCUAAAGGAGGGAGAACUGCGUUCGAACUAUACGAUCCUCGGUUAGCUUGAGGUAGACGAACGGCAUUAAACUUAUGGACGGCUUUGGUGCGCAGCUAGAAUGAGGGCCUUCCUCGCUGUAGCAAGCACACAUCUGUAUUGAAUCACUUCUAUGUUUGGUCAGUUGCUGUUUUAACAGGACAAAUCUCAGUGAUAUGCCCGUAGAUGUGGAAACAGUAGUACCUGGUUGGUGCCACUGGUUGAGCGCGGGACGUCUCACCCGCUUAAGUCUAGUUAUUUGUACUUUCAGCCACUAACGGCCUUAUUGAAACGUUUUUUUUAAAAAAAAUUCUGUACGGACGUCGGCCAAUGGUUUUAACCAGUUUGAUUCCUGUCAAAAUGCCACUUCUCCCUGUAUGGUUUUCUAUUGACUGUUUCAUGUUGGUUUUCUUUGCACUCGGAAGUAGAAACCAGCUGCCCUGCACUCAGGAUUAAAGGCUGAUUUUGCCAGUCGCCGUAGGCGGUCUGUGAUGCCACGGUGUCUGAAGUUACAGGCGAAGCCCGUUUAAGCAGUCAGCGCAACGCUUGGUUUUCGUCAGAGUUUUUUUUUUUUGACGGCUUUUUCAUACCUCUGCGCCGUUUGCUGUGCCUUUUAGCGACGUUGGAAUUGAGAUUUUGAUUCCCUCCGAUGACGCGCGUACUUCGGGUUUCCUUCUCAAUGUUUUUUUUCCUAUAUUUACUUCAGGGUUUCGACAUUCAUCGUAAACCGUGAAUCAAUUCCUGUAAUGUAAACGGUUUGCUUUGCUUUUGGCCAGAGAGGCGUUUUUAAAGGAUUCUGUAAUGGGUUAAUUUAAUUCAGCUCGCGUUGUCUCUUCCAUUGGCUUUAGAUCAACAACAUUGAUUUCUCAGUUUUUUUUCUUCUUAAAAGUUGUUUUUUUUCAAAUAAAACUUUAUUCACUCCCAUUGCGCAAUAUUUAACAUGCACAAUAUUUUCAUUUACAUUAGCCGAACAAAGUACUUAAGGGAGUCUUGGACAACUCGCGGUGGAAUGGCAGUGCAUUCGAGCAGAUUUCUCUCAUUGACUUCCACAGUCUAUUCCUUUACUUUCGAUUUUCGGGCAUUUGGCUCUUCUCUCUUUGUGAGUGUAUCCUCCAUUGCAGAGAUGGAGGAGACGCCUUGCCCCGUGUCUCUUGUCAGCUACCUGUCUGUUCCAAUGAGAGCGCGGUCCAUCAUAGCCAGCCCAUUGCCUCUGCGGGCCGCAACCGAAGGCAAACAUCCGAUUCUGCGUUUCAUUUCCCGUAUGUAAACUAUUGUUUCGGUCUCACUUCAUUUAAUCAGAACUAGUGCUAGUCGUCUUGGCGUCAUUCUCGUUUCUGUGUAGACAGUAGAAGGGGGCGGGGUUGUGCUCAUGAUAAUAUUGCUACCGCGUCAUUUUGUAAAAUUAAAUCUAUCCACGCAAGACUCGUUUCCUUGCGUUAUACUGUCUGAUGCUGUAAUACUGUAGAAAACUUGAGAGGAACCCAAUGUAUGCGUGCACACCUCGCCUGUGUUUCUGCACAGAAACGGGACAGAAAGCACUUACUGAUGUCAUGUUUUACUAAUUAUUUUGCAUGUUGUUUCCCCGCUCAAAUGAAACUUUUAAAGGCAUAUAUUUUAAAUGAAAAGCAUUACUCAGAAACGCUUUGCGAAAUGGUGAAAGAAGGCAUUUUAAGAUGGAAUGUUUUAUGAUCCUUUUCUCUUAAUGCUGAAAAAAGUGCGUUGCACUCAUCGUCCUUAUAUUAACGUUAUGUGUAAAGUGUGACAUGUUUGUUUUCCUUUGUACAGUCAAUGGUUUUUAAGUACCGUAAUUUUAUUGAUUAUCGAAAAUUUUCUUCACUAUUGUCAGGGAUAAGUAGUUUGUUGGUGGAGAACGCUUAAUAGAAUUGUAGAUGAGAAUUCAAAAUAAAAGUUAAAAAGUAAACAAAACAA